UGAUUCUUGAGGGCUCUAAGUUGUCUUUGCUGCAUAUCGAUCUCCUUCCUUUUCGUGGCUUUUUAGUUGUUUUAAUUCUGCAUCCAGGGAGUAUGAGGGAGGCAGGCUCGUAGCCCAGGACCUUCUGGUCCUGACUGGCCUCAGCUCUGGGCCCUGCUCCUCUCAGGCCUGUGCCCUCUCCAGCAGGUGAGGAGAGAAAGGACUCCAGGGGUUCCUUAUAGGCUAUGGCGUGUUUAAAUACACCUGAGUUUCCACGGUCUGCUUAAAAUAUUUCUGGCCCUGCAGUGGCCCACGCCUGUGAUCCCAGAGACUUGGGACCUGGGACCUGGGACCUGGUGAGCUCAAGGCCAGACUCAGCAACUUAGUGAGGCCCUGAGUAACUCAAUGAACAUGGAGAAAGUUAGCCAUAGGCCCUGAGAGCAGGCAAGCUGUUGACCGGCAGACCCAAGCAGCAAGAGGCCCUGUACUCCGGAUGGGCAGUGGUCCUGGGCAGUGCUGGAGAGUCUCAGAGCUCUUUCUCCCAGUGCCUGGCAGCACCACACCUGGGGAUGCUCAGCAUAGUUGGCACAGGGAAGGAGACUCCCUCAAGGUGGGGAAUCCCCCUUCCCCCUUGAGACUCUCAGGCCCACACAGUUGGUGCUCAGACCAGGCUCCAGAGAAGGUGUCAGUUAGAGCCCUGGGGAUAAAAGCAGGCUGUGUCCCUGAUGCUCUCUGCCUGAAGUCUGGGGCUCAGAUGGGUGUUAAGUGCAGUUUGUGAAGGCCCUGCCACCUCAGGAGUCAGGGACCAGGCUGGCUCCUUGAGGGACAAUCCCUGGUUUCCCCCUGGGGACUUUGAAUAGAAGGAUGGGUUUCCUCCUGCCUGGCAGUGGGGGGUUUGGUCUUAUUUACAAGGUUUGCUUUAAACCUGAAACCCUACAGGCAGAAGUAUUCACAAACCUCAUUAAUAAGCACGUUUUUCACUGAAGUGUCGUGUUCCUAGGAGAGAGCUCAUCUAAUGUCAAAUUGGGAUAAUUAUAGGAGUGUUCUAGAAAUAGAAAGACCCCUGAGUCCCAGCAGAGGCUUUGGGAACAAGUUAGUUGUAUGGCUCCUCUCCACUCUCCAGGCCCUGAUGGACUUGAGCCAGGCCCAGCUGCCCUCCCAGCCCCACCCUCCCUGACACAUCACCUCCACCAUGCCCUGGCCCUCUUUGCUGUGGUUGCCCAAGGCUGCCCCCUGCUAAGAGGACCCAGGGCAGCCCAAGACCUGGCUUCCAAGCUUGGAGACCAGAUGGCAGACUUGCACCUUUACAACCAGAGGCUCAGGGAGAAAGUGAAGGCGGAGGAGAACACAGUGGGCCGGAGGGCUGAGGGUGCAGAGCCCCUGUAUGUGACCAAGUUUGGCUUCCACACGGUGACGUGCUGUGGCUUCAUCCCACAGGUGAACGAGUGGCAGGAUGACUGGGCGACCUUUUUCACCCGGCACCGGCUCCAAUCACAGCUGGACCUCAUCGAGAAGGACUAUGCUGACCGGGAGGCACGAGAACUCUGGUCAAGGCUGCAGGUGAAGAUCCCGGAUCUGUUUUGUGGCCUAGAGAUUGUCCCUGCCCUGCUGCAUGGGGAUCUCUGGUCAGGAAAUGUGGCUGAGGAUGAUGAAGGGCCCAUUAUUUAUGACCCAGCUUCCUUCUACGGCCAUUCUGAGUUUGAACUGGCAAUUGCCUUGAUGUUUGGGGGGUUCCCCAGGUCCUUCUUCACGGCCUACCACCGGAAGAUCCCCAAGGCCCCGGGGUUUGACAGAAGGCUGCUGCUGUACCAGCUCUUUAACUACUUAAACCACUGGAAUCACUUUGGGCCGGAGUACAGAAGCCCAUCCCUGGGCACCAUGAGGAAGCUGCUCAAGUAGCAGACGGCUCUAGCCAAGGGCAGGGAGCACCUGAAUAAAGUCGGAGCAGGCUCUUGGGUCCCAA